GUUGCGUAAAGUUAAUUAUUUUCAAUUUGCAACAGUAGGAUGAUUGAAUUAGAGCAGGCAUUUUCUCAUUCCGAUUGAUGGAAUUUUAGUAAUGUAUUCAAGUACGCACUAGAUACAUUCAACCAAAGCACAUAUUUGGGGCAAACAUAGAAAACUCCUACAAAGAGAAUGUCUUUUCAGCUUUCAGCUCCAGUACCCUUAAGUGAUGAUUCAGAAAGUGUAUUGACCAAGACAAUUGGCGAGUCGUUGAAAGUUGAGGGUGAUUUGUCGCAUGUAUUUGAGGUGGACAAAACUGUCGACUUCAUACGCUCGAAUGGCUAUAAGUCUGUAGCAUUACAAUUUCCUGAUGAACAUCUUGCAGAUGCUGGCCGCGUAGCUUCUUUGAUUUCCGAACAAGUGGAUGCCAAUGUUCAGGUACUUGCUGAUACAAAUUAUGGAAGCUGCUGCGUUGAUGAAGUAGCUGCUGAACACAUGUUUGCCGAUGCCAUUGUGCACUAUGGAAGAGCAUGCCUUUCUCCCACAUCCAGACUUCCCGUUUUGUAUGUGUUUGGAAGACUACCAAUUGAUGCGAAUAAAAUGGUUACCAAUCUUACCGACAAGUUCGAUCUUGACAGUCCAAUGUUGAUCGUUAGUGAUACCCGGUGGUAUUAUUGUCAAGAUACUAUUAUUCAAAGAUUGAAGGAAGCUGGUUUUAAAACCAUCAUUCCAUCCACAUUAGUCAAACGAGAGGAACCGGAUUUAGAAGUGGAAGCCUGUACGACCAUCCCAGGACGUCUUUUUCGUUUACCAGAGAAUAUCUCACUAGGUGAUGUUUCUUUAAUCUUCGUAGGACCUGACUCUCCUACGUUAACGUCCAUAUUGAUGUCCCAUUACUCAAUUGUUAAGGACUUUUGGUCCUUCGAUCCUAUCAAGGGAAAAUUAACUGAAGAAUCUUCCUUUGGUGGCACCAAACUUCGUAGACGUUAUGCUUUGGUACAAAAAUGUCGAGAUGCGGGUGUGAUUGGCAUAAUCGUCGGCACUCUUGGUGUUUCGAAUUAUCUGAACGUUUUAGAUAGACUUCGGAAAAUGAUUCUUAAUGCUGGUAAAAAACCAUACGUGUUGGCUAUUGGAAAACUGAAUCCUGCAAAGUUGGCGAACUUUCAAGAAAUAGAGUGUUUUGUUUUAAUAGCUUGUGGUGAGAAUAGCUUAAUUGAUAGUAGGGACUUUUACCGCCCAAUCGUCACUCCCUUUGAAUUAAUGAAGGCGCUUUCAUCUGAUACUUCAUGGCUAAAUGAAUGCAUACUAUCCUUUGAUCGUGUUCUAUCAUUAACGGAAGAACAAGAAAAUAUGCCAGAAAAUACCGUACAUGAAGAAAGUGAAAGCCCUCAUUUUAGUCUUGUCACUGGAAAGCUUGUUAAUGCAGCGCCCAUGAGGCAUAUAGAGCUUUCCCUCGAUAACGAUGAAAAUAGCAAGGGACAGUUGAACGAAGAUGGGUCUAGCUCUGUUCAAAAGCGUUCUAAUUGGGAUCUUACAGUUAAUGGUGUAUAUUCACCAGCGGCCGCGUACCUUCAGUCACGCUCGUGGAGUGGUCUAAGUAAUGUUCCCGAGGGGGCUUCUCCAAGCAAGCUUUAUCAAGGGCAAACAGGCAUUGCCAAAGGAUAUGUUGGUGAAGGUAAUAAAGAGGAUAAACUUAAUGAGGAAUCCUCUGAUUGAAAAUUUAUUUUGGUUUAGACUAUAUACCAUUUUUGUGCAGGCAUUACAAAAGGUAAUAAUUAUUGGAAAAGGUAGGAUAAUUAUAGAAACAGAUGGCCUACACUGUGGGUUUCACUUAUAGGUUAAUGUUACAAAUAUUUCUUUUACAUGA